GACCCAGAGGAGGGGGAAGCUGGAUGUGGAGUUAGCCGCGGGAGGCACUAAAGUCCAGCCGGGAAAGUGGCCAUCGAGGUCACAAGUGCGACGGCCAAGGACGGUAGCGAUUGGUUAGCCCAAAGUGAGAAAUGGAUUGCGGGACAAUAGAGAAGGAAGUUGCGGGGAUUGACCAAGAUGGUUAUCUGGCUGUCUUUUUUGUUCUUGUGUGAUUUCUGACAUAGCAAGAACUAUGUCAUGGAUCAAAGAAGGAGAGCUGUCACUUUGGGAACGGUUCUGUGCCAACAUCAUAAAGGUUGGCCCAGUACCCAAACAUGUCGCAUUCAUAAUGGAUGGCAACCGUCGCUAUGCCAAGAAGUGCCAGGUGGAGCGGCAGGAGGGCCACGCUCAGGGCUUCAAUAAGCUUGCUGAGACUCUGCGCUGGUGUUUGAACCUGGGCAUCCUAGAAGUGACUGUCUAUGCAUUCAGCAUCGAGAACUUCAAACGUUCCAAGAGUGAGGUUGACGGACUCCUGGAUCUAGCCCGCCAGAAGUUCACCUGCUUGAUGGAAGAACAGGAGAAGCUGCAGAGGCAUGGGGUGUGCAUCCGUGUCUUGGGUGAUCUGCAUCUGCUGCCCUUGGACCUCCAGAAGAAGAUUGCACAGGCUGUCCAGGCUACUAAGAACUACAGCAAGUGUUUCCUCAAUGUCUGCUUUGCAUACACAUCACGUCACGAGAUCACCAAUGCUGUGAGAGAGAUGGCCUGGGGCGUGGAACAAGGUCUGCUGGAACCCAGUGAUGUCUCCGAGUCUCUGCUUGACAAGUGCCUCUAUAGCAACCACUCUCCUCAUCCCGACAUCCUGAUCCGGACUUCUGGGGAAGUGCGGCUGAGUGACUUCUUGCUCUGGCAGACUUCCCAUUCCUGCCUCGUGUUCCAGCCUGUCCUGUGGCCAGAGUACACGUUCUGGAACCUGUGUGAGGCAAUCCUGCAGUUUCAGAUGAACUAUAGCGCACUUCAGAAGGCCCGAGACAUGUACGCUGAGGAGCGGAAGAGGCGCCAGCUGGAGAGGGACCAGGCUGCAGUGACAGAGCAGCUGCUUCGAGAGGGGCUCCAGGCCAGUGGCGAUGCCCAACUCCGACGGACACGCUUGCACAAACUCUCCGCCAAACGGGAAGAACGGGUCCAAAGCUUCCUGCAGGCCUUGGAACUUAAACGGGCUGACUGGCUGGCACUUUGGGGCACAGCAUAUGCCUAAGUGAGGCUGGCGACCAGCCACCUUGCCUGCCCUCUGCCUCCUGGGCCCUGACUUUGUCCUUUUCCUUUUCUUUUCUUUGGGAAAGACACCUACCAGUGGGGCAUGGUGGCGCACGGCUGUAAUCCCAGCACACUGGGAGGCAGAGGCAGGCAGAUUUCCGAGUUAGAGGCCAGCCUGGUCUACAGAGUGAGUUCUGGGACAGCCAGGGCUACACAGAGAAACCCUGUCUCGGAAAAAGAAAAAAAAAAAAAUCCAAAAAACCAACAACAACAAAAAAAGACACCUCCCAGCUUUUGAUGAAUUGGGGCUCCCUCUGUUUUGCAGGGAACCCCAAAGGCAAGUUCUGCUGCCUAUAGAUUCCUUUGGGCUACCUUGACAGUUACUCUUAAAGUUUGAGGUAGAAUCAUGUGUACGCUAAAUCCAAGUCCAGCCACUAACACAUUUUGGGAACAGGAGACCCUAACUCAUUAGCUCUAUGCCCUGUCCCUGUUUUUGGAUGCGUGUCUUUUUCCACCAGCAUAUCCUUCAAUGUGCAGAAGAGAAAAACCUAGGCCUUUACCCGCCUGCCUAAGCCCUCCCCAUGUGACUUCCACAAAAGAUUUGGAUCUACUGGUAAAUUUAACUGAUAGGCAGCCAACAUUAUUGGGCAGGGAAGAAAGGGGUGGGGAGGCCAGGAAGAAAUUCUGCCCAUCUGCUGCCCCUCCCUUGGCUUCCCACCUGGGGUUUGCUAUUAAAUCUCCACCCCCUCCCACCACCA